AUGGCCUCAAAAAUUGUGGUCGUUGGCGACGUGAAUGGCCAAUUCAGGACUGUCUUCCAGAAGCUAGGCGCGUUACACGCCAAGAAUAACUUUGCUUUCGCCAUCGUUGCAGGCAAUUUGUUUGCAGGCUCACCCGAGGCAGAAGGCGCGGAUGCAGCCGAUGUGCAGGCGCUCGUCAAUGGUAACAUCGAUAUACCACUACCGACAUACUUCGCCCUUGGCAGCCAUCCUCUCCCACCAGCAGUAGUCCAGAAAUUAGAAUCAUCGAGUGACGAGCUAUGCCACAACCUCUUCUUUCUGGGGAAGCGAACGACUAUGAAAACUUCUGAAGGAAUCCGGAUUGUCGCGCUAGGCGGACAACUUGAUCAGAACAUCAUUGCCGGUCAAUCCAAAGACAAGUACCCACCGUUCUAUAGCGAGACGGAUGCGAAGGUCCUACGAGGAGCAACCACAGCAGAUAUUCUGAUCACCAACGAGUGGCCAGAGGGCAUCCGAAAGCGUUCCAAGGUCGAGUUCAACCCCGAGGUACAGCCGACUACGCAACAGUGCAUCGCCGACUUGGACGUGGUUCUGAAGCCCAAAUACCACUUUUCAACGUCGGGAAACACAUUUUACGAACGGGAGCCAUUCUUCCAUCCACCUAGUGACGAGACUGAUAACCUCUACCCCGUCACCCGAUUCAUUAGUCUCGCUUCCUUUGGCAAUCCUAAUAAGCAGAAAUGGAUAUAUGCCUUUUCUCUUGAGCCUUCGGCAAGCCAUCCGGUCUCACCGCCAGCUGGCUCGACUGCUUGCCCCGUGACACUCUCAGAGAAGAAGCGAGUUGCACCGGAGCACCGCGAACAGCACCUGGUCUACGAUGACGGAAACCGCGGCCGAAGAGGCAACAAGAGACGCAAGGGCGAGUCCAGAGGACCAAUCACGGCAUCAGAAUGUUUCUUCUGUCUAGCAAACGAAAACAUUGCGACCCAUUUGGUGACUUCGAUCGGCGAGAACUCCUACCUGACCACGGCAAAAGGUCCCUUACCGACAUCACAAACAUAUCCCAAACUCGGCUUCCCAAGCCACAUGCUCAUUAUCCCGUUCACACAUCAACCCACGCUUGGCUCCAUGGAAGAAGACGAGCGUCAUGCAACCUACGCAGAGAUGCAACGUUACCGACACGCGAUGAACAGCAUGCUCAAGUCUGUUGCAGACACCGAAUAUGGCUCCGUCACUUGGGAAGCGAGCAAAUACAGCUUACCACACACGCAUUGGCAGUAUCUCCCAGUAAGCGCGGAUCUUAUUCGCAAGGGACUCGUCGAGGCGGCUUUCAAGGCGCUAGCAGAGAAUCUACAUUGGCCGAAGUUCGAGAAGGAAGAUGUUGAAGAUGGGUUCGAGGAAACCAGCGACUUCUUCAGGGUUUUGGUGUGGGACCCGAAAGAUGACCCUGACAAGCAGACAAGCUACAUCAUGCGCUUUGAUGAGAAGAUUCGGUUUCACAACCAGUUUGGACGUGAGGUACUAGCAAAACUCUUGAGGCUCGACAAUCGUGUUGACUGGAAGAAUUGCGGACAAACACAGGCCCAAGAAGAGCAAGAUGUUGAGAAGUUCAAAGAAGCGUUCAAAGACUUUGAUUUCGCUGCAUAA